GAGUGAGCCUCCAUCUGCAGCUUGGCUGGGCUCUGCUCUGGGAGAGAGGGAGGGAGAGAGUCAGUCAGGAGACAUGCCUUCUGGCAGGAAUCUAGCUGUAGAGCUGUAGAAGUGACAGCUGUGUUUGGUGGAGGUAUUUUUAAACACAUCAAUGCUGCUCCAAUCCCCUCGCCUCGGCCCUCCUAUUUAUAGCUGGGGCCGGCCAUUGUUCUAUUUCUGUCACCUGUGGGCCACGCUGUUGUUAAUUCACAUGCAAAUGAAGCUUGCACCCUCUCCGGCUCAAGCAUUACUUUCCUGUGAGAGGUGGACGGGUAAACAGUGCACAGCUCAGCUCAUCUCUGACUAGUACACCCCCCACUGGAAGGUUGAAACACAGGCAGGCUCACUCUCACCGCUCAGACAUUACUGAGAGAGGAACAGAGAGGAGAAGACAGACAGACGAGAGACGACAGAGAGAGAGAGAGAUCAGAGGGAAUAAGAGCAGGGUAGUAGCUCAGUGUCACAACAAGAGAAGAGAAUCAGACUGCCAGUCAUCUUCUAACUCUGUCUGAACAGGUACUUCUUGACUGAAGCUCUGUGUUCUAUGGUGCUGUGUAGUCACAGUAUAGUGGGGAAAGCCUCACAGAGGGAGUGUGUGGUGUGGUUAUUGUAUUGCGUUUCAGCACAGCACGAGAGAGAGAGAGUUUCCUCAGAGGAAAAGGAGGAGAGCUGUUUCUGUCUCUAGUCUCCGUACGCCGUCGUGGUCGUUCCCCUUAGUGCACUGCUGUGAGAGGGUUGGCUCUUUAGGGACAGGAAGAGCAGGACUUGCGAUGCGACCUGAGCGCUGAGUGGAGUAUGCUACAGACGAUUUACGAGAGCGAGUCAAAUUUCUCCACCACAACAAACAAGCUCGUUGUCCACCAGCGACUCUUGGACCAGCAGAAGAUGCACAACGUUAACUCAGUGGACAUUAAGCCAGAGGUACUUUUGGAUCCCGUGUCUCCGUUGGACCUGCGUACAGACCUGAGGAUGCUGGGACCUGGGUCAGACCCGGGAAUGUGGGAGCAUCAGUUGCAGCAGGAGCUGCUCCUCAUCCAGAAACAGCAGCAGGUCCAGAAACAGCUGCUGAUCAGCGAGUUCCAGAAGCAGCAUGAGAAUCUGACCCGCCAGCACCAGGCCCAGCUCCAGGAGCACCUCAAGCUGCAACAGGAGCUGCAGGCCAUGAAGCAGCAGCAGGAGCUGGUGGAGAAGGAGAGGAGGCAGCAGCUGCAGCAGCAGCAGAGCCAGCAGGAGAAGGAGCAGGAGAGACAUCGCAGGGAGCAGCAUGUCCUCUGUCUCAGCCUCAGGGGCAAGGAGCGCACCAGAGAGAGUAAGGGCUCACCACCGAAUUCACUCACCAUAGCUAACUCUCUGCCCAAUCGAGUCUUACUAAACCAUCCCCUCUCUCCCUCCUCUCUCUGUCCUCCUCCAGCCUCAGAGCCCAACCUAAAGGUGAAGUCUAGACUGAAGCAGAAGGUAGCAGAGAGGAGGAGUAGUCCACUGCUGAAGAGGAAAGACAGCAACGUCAUGACCCCCUACAAGAAGAGGGCCCUAGAAAUGAUGGACUCUACAGUAACUAACAGUGCCCCAGGCUCAGGACCCAGCUCUCCCAUCGGAGCCUCCAGCGCCCUGGGAGCUGAGAACGGACCCUCCUCUCUCCCCACCACCACAAAAACCGAGCGCUGGCCAUCACAGCCUAGGUUAUUUCGUCCAGAGGGCUCCAUGUCCAACCUUCUGAGCUUAUACACAUCUCCCUCCUUACCCAACAUCACCCUGGGCCUCUCCGCCACCUCCUCCCAGAUCAGUGCUGCCAUCGGGCUGAAGGAGAAGACUGGGGAGGUCAGGCAUGGUCUACCAGGGCAGCUCCUGGGGCCUGUGCCCAUGCCCACGGUGACCUCCAUGGAGACCAAGGUGUCCCCCAGCCAUCAGGCCCUGCUCCAACACCUCCUUCAGAAGGACCAGAUAAGACGACAGAAGAUCCUCUCCUCCUCUGGUCAAGGCUCCAUGCCCACCCACCCCCACUCCCCUCUGGCCAUGAAGGACAGGCCCUCCUCCAACAGCAGACCCAAGCUACCGAAGCACCGGCCCCUGAACCGGACCCAGUCAGCCCCUCUGCCCCAGAGCACCCUGGCUCAGCUGGUCAUCCAGCAGCAACACCAGCACUUCUUGGAGAAGCAGAAACAAUACCAGCAGCAGAUCCACAUCAAUAAGCUGCUGUCCAAGUCCAUCGAGCAACUCCGUCAGCCCAGCUCCCUGGUCAACCCACACCUGCAGGAGUCAGAGGAGGAGGAGGAGGACAACACCCGGAGGAUGGCGGAUGAGAGGAUGGACAUGCAGGAGGACAGGAUGCCCCCUGGUGGCGUGAUCCAGAAACACACCCUUCGCUCCAGCAACAGCAGUGGCAGCAACAGCUCUCUCGGGGAGCUGUCCUCCAUCGUAGAGGCCCACCACCGCCUGGGGGUCAUAAAGGUCAAAGAGGAGCCUAUCGACAGCGAGGACGAGUCCCUGUCCAGUCAGAGCCUAGCGGCGGAGCAGAGGGCCUCACUCCACCAGGUCAAAGGUCAGCUGGUGAUAAGAGCUAUGAUCUGAGGGGGCAGAGGAUGAAGGAGAUCACACACUGCGACAUUCAUAGACGCAUACGUACACACACACACACACACACACACACACACACACACACACACACACACACACACACACACACACACACACACACACACACACACACACACACACACACACACACACACACACACACACACUGCAGCCAACACACACACAGAGCCGACUAGGACUCCCCAGGCAGUCCUCUCCCUGCCCUGAGAUGUGACGCUGUCUCAGUGAAGUGCAGCCGCACCCCAAACCCCCACCAGACUGACUCUCUGUUUGUGAACUUUGUGAAGUGAUCUGUAAUGUAAAGUAUGUUUCACCGUGCUGUAUAUAACAUGAAGAGAAGAUUUACUAGAAGAGUGCUCCUUCUUUUUUUACUUCAAAGGAACUGCUUUGAUUGUUUUCAGGUUCUGCUCAAUUGACAGAAUGUAGUAUGUAUGUAUACAGUAGAUUUAGCGUAAGAGAAUAUUCUAGAAGGGAUGGAAAGUGUAACCGUUGUACAGUUUAUGAAUGCCAUUUUAUGUUCCCAUAGUGUAACAUUUAUGCCAUCAAUUCACUUCAACUUUGACUUGCUGACUGUUGUUGUUUUAUUCAAAUGUCAUAUUCUCCGUCGUUUUCCAAAAAGCUGUGAUGUUCUGUGUUCAGUGGUCUCUGAAAAUGACAUGAAAAUAAGGAAGCAUGCUCAUGUCUGUAUGAGAGAGAGAAUGUAUUGUUCAACCUUAACACAACACAGCACACCCUUACGACUGAGUACAGCCAGCCGACACUGGGAAUGAGACUGUUUAUUGAUGUACAGUACUGCAGAGUGGAGGAGCAAAUGGUAAAUCAGUGGAUGGAUGGAUGCAUAGAUGGAUGGAUGGAUGCAUAGAUGGAUGGAUGGAUAGAUGGAUGCAGAGAUGGAUGGAUGGAUGCAUAGAUGGAUGGAUGGAUAGAUGGAUGCAGAGAUGGAUGGAUGCAUAGAUGGAUGCAUAGAUGGAUGGAUGGAUGGAUGGAUAGAUGGAUGGAUGGAUGGAUGGAUGGAUGGAUGGAUAGAUGGAUGCAUAGAUGGAUGGAUAGAUGGAUGCAUAGAUGGAUGGAUGGAUGCAGAGAUGGAUGGAUAGAUGGAGGCAUAGAUGGAUGGAUGGAUGGAUGGAUGGAUGGAUGAUGGAUGCAGAGAUGGAUGGAUGGAUGGAUGGAUGGAUGGAUGGAUGGAUGGAUGGAUGGAUGGAUGCAUAGAUGGAUGGAUGGAUGGAUGCAUAGAUGGAUGGAUGGAUGCAGAGAUGGAUGGAUAGAUGGAUGCAUAGAUGGAUGGAUGGAUGGAUGCAUAGAUGGAUGGAUGGAUGCAGAGAUGGAUGGAUGGAUAGAGGAUGGAUGGAUGGAUGAUGGAUGGAUGGAUGGAUGGAUGGAUGGAUGGAUGAUAGAUGAUGAUGGAUGGAUGGAUAGAUGGAUGGAUAGAUAGAUGGAUGAUAGAUGGAUGGAUAGAUAGAUGAUGAUGACGGAUGGAUAGAUGGAUAGAUAGAUGAUGGAUGGAUGGAUAGAUGGAUAGAUAGAUGAUAGAUGAUAGAUGGAUGGAUAGAUAGAUGAUGAUGACGGAUGGAUGGUGGGAUGAAUGGUUGGAUAUAUGGAUAGAUAAUGGAUGGAUGGAUGGAUGGAUGGAUGGAUGGAUGGAUGGAUGGAUGGAUGGAUGGAUAGAUGAUGGAUGGAUGGAUGGUGCAGGCAGUCAGCUCCAUCAGACCAUAGGACCAGGUCUGCUUCUCAAAUGGGCAUCCUUUAGGCCUCAGGUUAAAAGUUCUGUGCUAUAUAGGGAAUAUAGCAAGAACAAAACAACAAAAUCAUCCUGGUUUGCCACGGUCCUGUGUUGAGAUGCCGUGUCAUCCUAAUCUUCCUCGUUCUCCUCUUCCUCGACCUCCUCUUCCUUCUCUUCCUCCUCCUCCUCCCCUCUGGGUCCAAAUCAAAGCUCAGCCAGGUUCCUGCCCAACUUUCAACAGAGGAUUCACUAACAGAAAGAAUGAGAGAGAAAGAGAGGGAGAGAGAGAGAGAGAAGGAGAGAAAGAGAGAGUGAGAGAGAGAGAAAUAGCAGAAGAGAAAUAGCGAGAGAGAGAGAAGGAGAGAAAGAGAGAGUGAGAGAGAGAGAAAUAGAAGAAGAGAAAUAGUGAGAGGGAGAGAAGGAGAGAAAGAGAGAGUGAGAGCGAGAGAGAGAGAGAGAGAGAGAGAGAGAGAGAGAGAGAGAGAGAGAGAGAGAGAGAGAGAGAGAGAGAGAGAGAGAAAGAAGGAGAGGAGAGAGUAGAGGGCGGGCAGGAAAUGCCUUCUCGAAGCCAGGAGUCAGAAUGAUUCAUGUGUGCAGGAAUGUUAGGGGAGAGGAGGACCCAGGGUUGUAGGAGUCCAAGGGGCCAGGCUUGAGAAUUGAUUUACUGUCAAGGCGAAUUACAAAGCCAGUGGGGAUAUGGUUAAGGGAGACCCUUUUUUAAAGGGAAUCGCUUCCUUCGUACUCCCCAGUGACAUGCUUACCUCCACACGCAGGUUUGAUGUUACUUCAAUAAAAUAAAAAACAAGAUGGGACCUCUCUCCUUCUCCCCAUCCCCCACCCCUGACUCCCUCUUGAAAUUGCCCCAUGCAACAUGUCGACUCUGGUCUUAAAGUGGUCAAUCAAUGUAUGUAAAGCUGUAACUUUUUUUCCUGUUUCGUUUGUCUUGUCAAUGUAUAAAAUAUUACUAUGGGGUUCUGUGUUUGGGUUCCUGUGAAAGACAUAAACCAUGUCUGUCAGUUUGUCUGUCUGCCUGUCUGACUCAUACUGUACAUUUAGCUCAGCCCAUUCUAAUGUUUGUAGUGUAAAAAUCACUUUGAAUCGGAACAAUGUCAGUCUUGUUCCCUUGCUUCUUUGAUUGGGCUGUAACGGGGCCCCUUCUCUACCCGUGGGGGGUCCCUGGAUUCUGUUCAUAGCUGUUUGCGUUUGUUCUCUUUCUUUUCUGCCUUGUGCUACAAACCUUUCUUUUAUAAAAUAAAGUUCAUUCCCCAACUGUGCAA